AUGAAUUUUAUAUUGUUUAUUUUUAUACCUGGAGUUUUUUCCUUGAAAGGUGGCACUUUGAAGCCUACUAUUGAAGCAUUGCCUAAUGUGAUGCCUUUAAAUGAAGAUGUUAAUAAACAGGAAGAAAAGCAUGAAGAUCAUACUCACAAUUAUGCUCCUGCUAAUGAGAAAAAUGGCAAUUAUUAUAAAGAUAUAAAGCAAUAUGUGUUAACAACACAAAAUCCAAAUGGCACUGAGUCUGAAAUAACUGUGAGAGCCACAACUGACCUGAAUUUUUCUCUAAAAAACUAUAAAAUUGUCAAUGCAACUGCACAUGCACAUGAAAAAUCCGCCAGUGAAGAAGAAACAACUACUAACGAACCCUCUCAUAAAAAUAUUCCAAGAUCAACCCCAAACGUGCCUGCAUUUUGGACAAUGUUAGCUAAAGCUAUAAAUGGAACAACAGUGGUCAUGGAUGAUAAAGAUCAAUUAUUUCACCCAAUUCCAGAGUCUGAUGUGAAUGCUACACAGGGAGAAAAUCAGACAGAUCUAGAGGAUCUGAAGAUCAAACUAAUGCUGGGAAUCUCAUUGAUGACCCUCCUCCUCUUUGUGGUCCUCUUGGCAUUCUGUAGUGCUACACUGUACAAACUGAGGCAUCUGACUUAUAAAAGUUGUGAGAGUCAAUACUCUGUCAACCCAGAGCUGGCCACGAUGUCUUACUUUCAUCCAUCAGAAGGUGUAUCAGAUACAUCCUUUUCCAAGAGUGCAGAGAGCAGCACAUUACUGGGCACCACUUCUUCAGAUAUGAGAAGACCAGGCACAAGAACAUCAGAAUCUAAGAUGAUUACGGAUAUUUCCACAGGCUCAGAUGAUGAGAUGCACGUAAACUAUGAGUAAGAAUUGGAACCCGGUGAAGAAAUCAUACUGAUGAAUAAAUAACUUUAAUUCUUUUGUCAUCAAAA